AUGUCUGCGCAAUCCGACGCUAAUAAAGUCUCCGGCACUGCAGUGUCGGUUCCGGAGUCCCCAACCACAGCCAGGCCCUUUGAGAUGGACGACGACGAUGUUCAAGAGUCGACCGGAUUGGAGUCGUCGGGCACGGCGACCGCGCCAGGAGUGGCAUCAACAACAACAACAGGUUCUGCAGCAGCAGCAGCGAGGGCGCCAGAGGAGGCAGCGCCACCAAAACCCCAACGACCUAUGACCGAAGCACAAAAGCAUCAAAUGAUGCUCAAGGAGGCCUUCCCUACACUCGACGAUGCUGUCAUCAGGGCUGUCCUGACCGCCAGCGGUGGAAAGAUUGACCCUGCCUUUAACGCUCUUCUGGAAAUGACGGACCCAGAUGCCGCCAGCCGUGAAGUAGAAGAGCCUGCUCCGCCGCAACCUCCGAGACCAUCCGCCGUGCAGGGCGCAACAGCGCAGUCCCAGCUAGAGGCAGACGAGCUCUACGCUCGGCAACUGGCGCAACACUACGAGAAUGUGGGCGCAUACGAGGAGCGAACAAGCCGCCGGCCGGCUCGCCAGCAGACAGGCUUGGAUCCUAGCCGAAACUAUCGUGGCCAGGGUAGCGCAAAUCGGGAGCCAGAGCGCAACUUCAUGGACGACGACCUCCCUAUCAUCAAGGAAAAUCUUCGCAAGGGCUUCCAGGAGACGCAGAAGACGGUCAACACAUGGUUUCAGACUAUUAAGAAGCGCAUCGAUGAAGAGUUUAGCGACGAGCCGCAGCAGCAGGGACAACAGAGUAUGGGCCGUGGUCAGUCAUCGCAAGCAGGCCGUGGUCAAUAUGGAACUGGGCGGGCCAGUGCGGACGCCAGUCGGCGCAGCGGCGAUUAUGAGCGGUAUGACGCAGACCCUCAGGUGCUCAGUGAUGACUUUGCUGGUAUGAAGUUCAACACCGACGGAACCCCUGUUGGCCGCGCCCAACCGAACCCAAACAUAUUCCGCCCGCCACCACCCUCCGUCUCGCCAAAGCCUGGUGCUGAUGGCCGCAAGGUCGCCUUCCGCGAUGGCGCCGAAGAAAUUGGCGAUGUGUACAACGUUUCACCUCAGUCAACCGGCACCUCGCCGGCACCUGGCGCAGGCGCCACGGCAUCAGGGAACGCCGGCAAGCCGAGCAAAUGGCAGCCCUUAUCCACAGUUGAACCCAGCCCGAUCGCGGACAAUGACCCUUUCAGCCUGGGAGACAGCGAUGACGACAAGGACAGCUCCCAUACCAGCUCAGGGACUAAGGGCCACAAGAAGACGGCCUCAUCCACUUCGGGCGGUGACAUCAAGAUGGAAGACGCGGAACGGCUGCGCAAGGCUGCAGCGGAAGCCAUGAAUGAUAGUUUGGUGGAUGACAAGAAGAAGGGUGGGGAAACGACAGUGAAGAAGGAUUAG